AUGAUGACUUGCAACAUCUACAACGAAGAAGGCCAUCUGGUUCGAAAGAUGACUUGCGGCAUCCGCAACGAACAGGGAUACAGUACCGAACUGGAAGAAGACGAAGACGCUAAGGGUGAACCAGAGGAUUGUUUCGACAUACCACCCGGUCAAGAGGUCGGCCAAGAGGAUCUCGAUGCACUAGAGCCCAUGUUCUUCGACGAGGACGCUACACCUGCCAUAGACAACAUCUACACAGUAACGAGGAAGACCACCUGGCUCGAUACUUGCAACAUCUGCAACGAGGAAGACCAUCUGGCUCGAUACUUGCAACAUCUGCAACGAGGAAGACCAUCUGGCUCGAGAUUGUCCUACCUCGAAAUGACUGGCAACAUCUACACUGCAACGAAGAAGGUCACCUGGCUCGUGUAA